AUGGGGGGCGAUGCAAGAUGGCGGCGGUAGCUGAGGAGCCGCCGGAGGUGGCGGCGGUGAAGUCCGACCCUGAGGCGGGGACGCCGCCGCAGCCCCCCGCCGCCGCUCCCCCGGCCGCCGCCGCCACAGCCCCCGCCGCUCCUCCGGCCCCGGCGGCUGAGGGGGAAGCGGCGGGGAACGGCGGGGAUGCGGCGGCCGCCGCUAAGGCUGCGGCACCGGGCCCGGCCGCCUCCCCGGCGGCGCUGGACCGGCAGACGCUCGUGGCCGUGCUGCAGUUCCUGCGGCGGAGCAACCUCCGCGAGUCCGAGGAGAUCCUCCGCCGGGAAGCACGGCUGCUCGGCGACGACCUGGGAGCCGCUGCCCUCAGCCCCACCGGAGCCGGCCUUUUGGGAGCAGCCGGCGGCGAGGGGGAUGCCGGCGGCAGCGAGGCGCUGCUCAACCGGGUCACCGCCGCCGCCGCCAUCUCGAUAGGAGGCAGCGUCGCCACCGUCGCCUCUGCCAGCCCCGGGGUAGCGGCAGCCGCCGCCGUGCCGCCGGGGAAAGUUGGAGGAGGUGUUGUUGUGGAAGAUCAGCCAGAUGUGAGCGCAGUAUUGUCCGCCUACAAUCAGCAGGGGGACCCCACCCUGUAUGAGGAAUACUACAGUGGAUUAAAAAACUUCAUUGAGUGCUCGCUGGACUGUCAUCGAGCUGAAUUGUCUCAACUGUUUUAUCCUCUCUUUGUGCACAUGUACUUGGAGUUGGUCUACAAUCAGCACGAGAGUGAGGCAAAGUCUUUCUUUGAAAGAUUUCAUGGGGAUCAGGAGUGUUAUUACCAGGAUGACCUCCGUGUAUUAUCUAGUUUAACCAAAAAAGAACAUAUGAAAGGUAACGAGACCAUGCUGGAUUUCCGAACGAGCAAGUUUGUGCUGCGUAUUUCCCGGGACUCUUACCAACUCUUGAAGAGGCAUCUGCAGGAAAAGCAGAACAAUCAGAUCUGGAACAUUGUUCAGGAACAUCUCUACAUUGAUAUCUUUGAUGGAAUGCCUCGAAGUAAACAACAGAUAGAUGCCAUGGUUGGAAGCUUGGCUGGGGAGGCAAAACGAGAGGCAAAUAAAGCAAAGGUGUUCUUUGGCUUAUUGAAAGAACCAGAGUUUGAUGUGCCUUUGGAUGAUGAAGAUGAAGAAGGAGAAAAUGAAGAAGGAAAACCAAAGAAGAAAAAACCUAAAAAAGAUAGUGUAGGAUCAAAAAGUAAAAAACAAGACCCUAAUGCUCCUCCCCAAAACAGAAUUCCUCUGCCUGAACUGAAAGACUCUGACAAACUGGAUAAAGUAAUGAAUGUGAAGGAAGCUGCCAGACGUGUGCGUCUUGGCCCAGAGUGCCUGCCCUCCAUCUGCUUCUACACAUUCCUUAAUGCUUACCAGGGUCUAACUGCAGUGGAUAUUACAGAUGACUCUAGCAUGAUUGUAGGAGGCUUUGCUGACUCUACAGUAAGAGUGUGGUCUGUGACUCCGAAAAAGCUACGUAGUGUGAAAGCUGCAGCAGACCUCAGUCUAAUCGACAAAGAAUCAGACGAUGUCCUGGAGAGGAUCAUGGAUGAGAAAACAGCCAGUGAGUUGAAGAUUUUGUAUGGUCACAGUGGACCUGUCUAUGGCACCAGCUUCAGUCCUGAUAGGAACUAUCUGUUGUCCUGUUCUGAAGAUGGCACAGUCAGAUUGUGGAGUCUCCAAACAUUCACAUGUUUGGUGGGAUAUAAAGGACACAAUUAUCCAGUAUGGGAUACACAGUUCUCGCCUUACGGAUAUUACUUUGUGUCAGGGGGACAUGACAGAGUGGCUCGACUGUGGGCAACAGAUCACUACCAGCCUUUACGGAUAUUUGCUGGCCAUCUUGCUGAUGUCACAUGUACCCGAUUUCAUCCCAACUCUAACUAUAUUGCCACUGGCUCAGCAGACAGGACUGUACGGCUCUGGGAUGUUCUAAAUGGGAAUUGUGUAAGAAUAUUCACUGGACAUAAGGGACCAAUUCAUUCGUUGGCAUUUUCUCCUAAUGGACGAUUCCUGGCUACUGGAGCAACAGAUGGCAGAGUUCUGCUGUGGGAUAUUGGACAUGGCUUGAUGGUUGGAGAAUUGAAAGGGCACACUGACACUAUCUAUGCGCUUCGAUUCAGUAGAGAUGGGGAAAUCUUAGCAUCAGGUUCAAUGGAUAACACAGUUCGGCUGUGGGAUGCUGUGAAAGCAUUUGAAGAUUUAGAAACUGAUGACUUUACUACAGCCACUGGACAUAUAAACUUGCCUGAAAACUCUCAGGACUUAUUACUAGGUACAUACAUGACCAAAUCAACCCCAGUUGUACACCUUCAUUUUACCCGCAGAAACUUGCUACUAGCUGCAGGAGCCUACAGUUCACAGUAAACGGAGAAGCUGUAAGACUGGCUGUGCCAAGUUGUUGCAGUAGCGACCUCAGGAUGUGAGACAAGGAGGAAUGUCUUGUACAGGUGGACCUCACCAGUCUGUUGCAGGAAAAACAAAACUAUGUAAACUAACUCAAGCAGCGUCUUCUGAGUUCUGCUUUCAUAUUUAUCCACAGUUUGAAAAUGCUGGAGAUUGACAGGACAUCAUCGUGGCUUUAAAGGAAGGAAUUGUUUCAUGGUGCUUUUGAUAAAAAAUAUAUGUAUGUAUGGAUAUGAAAAUGGCUGUCUCAGAGAUGGUGUUGAGCUCUGCUGAAACUUUUGGGAAGUUAACAGCCUUGGCAUGUGUUCUCAAAUGAUUUUUUUAAAGCACUUAACUUACGGUUGGCAAAUGUUUUAUCAGUCUCAAGCACAGGUAAAAACUAUUAAGAAAAAGAAUGUAGUUUAAUUCACUAUAGCCUGGGCUGGGCAACAGGUAUAGUGAGAGUAUCACAGCAACAAAUAGGGCAUUGAAAAAAUAGGCCCAACAGGCAGAAGCUUGUGGGGAACUGUGGAGAAGUUACAUAUGGAUUUUAUGCAUCCAAGCACCAAGUCCUGAAAAGAUUUCAAACUCCUGUGCUUUUUUGAGGUAUCAGAAAUGCAGAUCUUGUUAUUCUGUUUUCACAGGUAGCUUCUGCUGCGUGAUAAGCAACCAGAAAUACAGUGUGAACACGUUGGAGGGGGGUUGGGGAGAAGGGAUUGAGGCACAGCCGAAAUGGUUCACCCACUCUUAAAGAGGGGAAUUAAUCCUGUCUUAUUAGAUCUAAAAGAGCUUCAAAAACCUGCAUCCCUUCUCCAUAUGGUUUAGUAUAUCAAACUGUAAAACUAGUGGACAAGACAUCAAAACAUUAUUGCAGAGCAAGCAGCUUAACCAGUCCUAAGUGUGAUUAUCAGCUUUGAAGGGACAGCUCAUCGGCUGAUGAGAUACUUUCCACCUAGAAAACCACCCCAGUAAGUCUUGCUGGACAACUAGUAAAGCUGAGAGCUUCGUUUCUAAGGAAAAGUAAAACACGCCAAAGCACUGGGAGACAGAACUUUUUGGGUCUUUGAACAGGAACAUCACUACCAAAAGAAAGCCCUUCCCCUCCUUUUUUUUUUUUUUUGUUAAUCUUACAAGCUCUACACAGGGAAAUCUGUUUUGUGUUCCCUUUUACUUACAAUAAGGGCAUGGACCCUUGUAUGGCUGAGUCUCUAGUGAAAAUGUGAAAAACAAGAUUUGACAUUUCUAAGGUAACAUAAAUGGAGAACUACCUCUUAUCAUCCUUUCUCUGACUCUAACCCUUGGAGUAAAGGUGCAUUAGAGGCAUUAAACGUCAAGAUAAAGGGUGGAAAAUUCAUUAGGAAAUUCACCUGGAAGUUUUCUUUAAAGACAAAGUAUUUUCUUUAACUAAAUUAUUGAGGUGUGGUGGUUUUUGUUUUUUUUUUUUUUUUUUUUUUUUGCACGGAAUGGUACCUCAAAAUUUCCUAGCACCCAAUACAACCUGUUGGAUUUAAUUACAGUGAAUCAAGCAAGUUACCUGAAAGCAUGUACAGAUUUGACAGCUUAAAGAAAACACUGCCACAUUCUGCCUUUGUAUUUUGUACAGUUUUAUACUUUUGAUAGUAUAAUAAAUACUAAAACCACA